AGUCCACAGCAAUCCCAACCCGAACUGCCUGUGGGGAAUGCCGUUCACUCAAGUACGAUAUGCUCUCCGCACGGCAAAACGUGCCAAAGGCGCUAACCGUAGCUGGUUCAGAUUCCGGCGGAGGUGCCGGAAUUCAAGCCGAUCUUAAGACUUUCAACACCUUAUCAGUGUAUGGUGCUUCCGUUUUAACUGCCAUCACAGCACAAAAUACAGUUGGAGUACAAGGAAUAUAUGCUCUUCCUGUCGACUUUGUGGAGCAGCAAAUGGAAAGUGUCUUGGACGACAUAACGUUCGACGCAGUCAAGACCGGAAUGCUGCUGAACGCUGAGAUCAUCGAAAAUGUUUCCAGACUGUUUAAAUCCCGUUCCAUAAAUCAUCUGGUUGUUGACCCUGUAAUGGUCUCUACAUCCGGUUCUCGCCUCCUUGCCGAAAAUGCUAUAUUUGCGCUUCGCAAGCAUCUCCUGCCCCUCGCUGAAAUUGUAACUCCGAAUAUUUCGGAAGCUGAGGUUCUAGCCGAAAUGAAGAUAAAAUCUCUUAUGGAUGCGCGUGACGCCGCAAGGAAGCUGCAUACUUUAGGAUGUAAAAAUGUGCUGGUGAAAGGGGGCCAUAUGCCGGUUGAUGGCAGAGGCAACCCUGUCGAUGUUCAGCUGGCUGAUGGAAAUUCAUGGGUAGUGGACACUCUCUUCGAUGGUGACGAAUUUGUGGAAUUCCGAAAUCGGUUUGUCGCGACCGAAAACACUCAUGGAACUGGCUGCACAUUGUCUGCAGCCAUCACGGCGGGGCUGGCAAAGGGACUCAAAGUGAGAGACUCCGUGGAGAAAGCGAUGCUCUGUGUUUCUAAAGGUCUUGCGUCCAGUUUCUCCAUCGGGAAGGGGGGUGGGCCUCUCAAUCACUUUCCACCUGUGAUGAAUCUCUCAAGUGAACCAUCUUACCGCGGUGGAAGCUUUGUUCAACUCCUCAAAUCUGCUUACCCACAAGAAUGGAGUGAUUAUGUCAACCAUGAAUUUGUUAGAAAGCUGGCGGAUGGGAGUCUUCCAAUCGAAUGCUUCAAGCACUACAUAAGGCAAGACUACAUCUUCCUUCGACACUAUGCUCGUGCCAAUGCGCUGGCGAGCUACCGUGAGCAUGACAUGGACGACAUUAUCAAAGCCGCUCAAAUAGUAACCUAUAUUGGAAUGGAAUGUCAAAUGCAUGUGAAGUACUGUGCGGAUUGGGGUAUAUCUGUAGAUGACCUUGAGGCUACCCGGGAAGCGACGCCAAAUUUGGCAUAUACGCGAUAUGUACUGGAUAGAGGAAUGAGCGGCGAUCGAUUAGACUUGCGGGUCGCACUUGCGCCUUGCUUAUUGGGUUACGGUGAGGUUGGCGUCCGUUUGGCGAAUGACCCAGCGACAAAACGAGAGGGCAAUCCAUACUGGACGUGGAUUCAAAAUUACGCUAAAGAUGAGUUCCAGGCUGCUGUUCGGGAAGGAGAAGAACUACUGGAAAAGUUGUUUGAUGAUAUGGUCCCACCUACAAAUCAUCGACGCAUCAAGCAGCUCUGCGACACAUUCCGCCAAGCAACCAUUUUGGAGAGAAACUUUUGGGAAAUGGGCCUGUCUCUGGUUCCGUAAACACUUUAGCAUAGAAUAGUUACGAUGUUGGUUAUUUAGAAGUCGGCAUCGGAGGUAGAAACCAACCCAAUUGAUGGUCCAAAAGAGAUGGGCCUACGAGCAGUCCUCGACAGAUAGCAUUUAAUUUUUUUCACGGUUAAAGCAUUCGCAACAGAACAAUGAAACUACCCUCUCGUUCUACCCACGCUUCCCUUCAGACCCUGCCAGGCAUCAAGCCUCAUCAUUGGCUCCCCACCUAUGGGCGGCUUCUCUAGAAA